CAUUUUGUCGCUCGUCAGCGUCGUCAAGGUGUCACCGCGGUUCUUCACUUUCGCUUCAAGGAUGGUUCACAUCGCCCAGACGAUGGAAGUGCUGGCGCGCCGUCCGAUCUUCGAGGUGAGCUUCAGCGACUACGUCGGCACCAUCAACGGACUCUUCAACUUCCUCGAGGUGUGCGGGGGCAUCGCGGUGUUCCUGAUGGUGGACCGGGCGGAGUCGUCUUCGCAGCGUUGCCUGAAGGGAUCGUCGUUCACCUUCUGGUUCAACGGCUUCAUGAUGCUGGUGUCGAGCAUACUCAGCGCCACCUCGUCCUACUACCUGCCCGUGCUGUUCUACUACGUGAUAUUCCACGGAACGGCUGGCGUCCUGUACAUAUUCACUUCCAUCUCGCUGGUCCGGGAGUCGCACGAAGUAGAACUGUGUGCGAUGGCGGGCCUGAUGACGGGUGGGAUGCACGCCUUCCACUGCUCCUACGUGACCUACAAGCUCUACUACGAGAAGUGACGACGGAGCGCCCGCGAUGGUGGGAUCAGACUGGAACGCGCCAUUGUCUUCGCGGACUUUAUAUGUCAUUUGUAAUUGUAAAUAAAAGUGCGCAGUACGGUGCGC